AUGGAGGGUUGUGAACAGGUUGUUGAGGGAGAAUGGCGAAAGGGGGAUAAGCUUGACUUUUCCAUGCAGAGAAUCCAAAUGGCUCUUACAGCUUGUAGUGGGGCUCUAGUCAGAUGGAGUAAAAGGAAAGAAAAUGAGGAGGGGAAAGAUUUGAAGGAAAAAACUGACCAGCUGGAGAAAUUGAGUGUAACUCCAUUGAUGAAUGAGAAACUGUUGAGGAGCUUCACAAAGGAGGAGGUUGAGGCAAUAGUGUUCCAAAUGGGGCCUUUGAAGUCACCUAGGCCAGAUGGUUUUGGGGCUUGUUUCUAUUAUAAUUUCUGGAGCAUCGUGGGAAAGGAGGUCAAAGAACCUAUUUUGGCUACUGAUUACAGGCAAAUAAGCCUUUGCAAUGUACUCGACAAGAUCAUUCCAAAGACUUUGGCCAAUAGAUUAAAAUUGGUUCUUGAUAAGAUCAUUUCUAGUACUCAAAGUGCUUUCAUUCCUGGGAGACUUAUUUCGAAUAACAUUUUGGUAGCUUAUGAAGCACUUCAUUCUAUGAAGAAGAAGAGGCAUGGUAGGGUGGGCAGCAUAGCUAUCAAAGUAGACAUGUCCAAGGCAUAUGAUAGGGUGGAGUGGAAGUUCUUUGAGGGUGUGAUGAGAAGAUUGGGUUCUGAUGAGAGAUGGAAUGCACUGAUAAUGAGUUGUGUGUCAUCUAUCUCCUUUGAAGUAUUGCUAGAUGGCCAACCAGGAGGAGUUUUUAAACCAACUAAAGGGUUGAGGCAGGGUGACUUCUUGGCCAAGAUGGAGGAUUGGAGGGCCGUCAAGGGCUUAUUGGAGAUAUAUGAGAGGACAUCAGCCAAUGCCUUAAUAGACAGAAAACUGAGAUUUUUUUUCAGUUCAAAUACAAAAGCUCAGGAGAGAAGAUUAAUCAAAGAAGAGGUGGGAGCUAGGGUUAGUGGAUGUUAUGAGAAGUACCUUGGCCUACCUGAAAUGAUAGUAAGGAAUUUUGAUAGAGAUUCAAAAGUGACAAAGCUUAUAGAUGAUGAGAGAGGGUGCUGGAGGGUUGAGGUGAUUAAAGACAAGUUGAAUGUAGAGGAAGCAGAAGUAGUCUGCAACAUCCCUAUCAGUCUGUUAGGUCAAAGGGACAAGGUGAUUUGGGGGCAUACAAAGAAUGGGGUGCUCAAUGUGAAAAGCACCUAUCACUUGGAGAUGGAGAGAAGGUGUAAGGGUUUUGGGGAGUCCUCAGAUAGUUUAGGGUGGAGGGAUAUGUGGAAGUCAAUAUGGAGCCUUAAUCUACCGGGGGUGGUGAAGUCCUUUAUGUGGAAGGCACUAAACAAUUGUAUCCCCACAAGAGAGAAUUUAAAUAGAAGAAGAGUCAUUGAAGACUCUCUUUGCCCCAUUUGUAAAAAAGAAGACGAGACUCCUUGUCAUGUGCUCUGGAAGUGUCUCACUGCUUCUGAUGUGUCAGCUGAGCCCGUGAGCUCAGUGCAAAAGUGGUCUAGUACAACAAUGAAUCUAAAGUAUGGGAGUUGA